GCAGAGUAGUAGAGCAGUAGAGCAGCAGCAGCCGCAGCAGUACCAGGAGGAGGAGGAGGAGGAGAUCGAAGGAGCCAAAACCACUGGAAAACUGUUGGACAAGCGUACUGCGAGUAAGUGAGGUUAGUCCAGAGCACAAUCAACCCUGAUCAGAGACAAAGACACAGAGAGAGAGAGAGAGAGAGAGAGAGAAGGAGAGAGAGAGAGUGAGGAAGGAAAAAAGUGGCAGCAGCAGGUCGCGUGCGUGCGAUACAGCGAUCAAAUACCGUCGUCAUCGGUGAGUCGUUAUCACAGCAGCAGCAGCAGCAGCACCACCACCACCAAAUCCGGAACGGUUCAUCACCACCCCCCCCCAGGAGAAGGCAAGCACUAGUACGGGAGCAUCGCACAAGCUCGACAAACAGCGAGUCUUCGACAGCGAGGCGAAGCGAGCAGCAGCUAGCUGGCGGUGGACGGUGAAUCCAAGAUGAUUAUCAGGAGUUCGAGCCUGUCCGGGCUCGACAUCGGCACGAUGGCACUCCUCGUGCUGGCCCUGGCAAUGACGGUGGCAAUUCCGGUCACCAACGGAGCCCCAAUGUACGAGAGCGAUCAGACCGAGCUGGAAACGUACGGCGAAUCGACCGGAUGCUACUACAACUACAACCACUACGGCGAGGGUGACCGUAUUAUGACGAACGAACCGUGCCUGAACUGUACGUGCCACGAUCGCAUGCUGAUGUGCUACCUGCGCGUGUGCCCGUUCACCAAGGCCAUCGGGCAGGACUGUACGAUCGAGAAGCGCGAGGACCAGUGCUGCCCGGUCAUCACCUGCCCGGAGGUGGAGGUGCAACUGGUGGACCACCAGACGACGGCCAACCCCGCGGACUCGACCGCACUCGGUGGCCCCGGUGACACGCAGCUCGGUGCCCUCGACCAGUACGGCUGCUCGAUCCAUGGACGCUACUAUCCGGAAGGUGCACAGGUCCCAUCGAACCCGCAGAAACCGUGCGAACUGUGCUACUGUAUCCGCAACAUGACGACGUGCGUGAUGCAGGAGUGUACGCUACACAUCGAUGGCUGCGAGCCGAUCUACAACAAGGGUGUCUGCUGUCCCGUGCGAUACGAUUGCGAUCACGACAAGGAUACGACGCUCGUGUUGGAGGACGAAAGUACGACAACGGUGCGGCCGACGCCCGGUUUCAUCCUUACCACGACCCCGGCACCGGCCAGUGGCGACGACGUGACGUCGUCGUCGUCAUCGGACUGCGUCCACAACGGGGAAACGUACGCCGAGGGUGCGCUGAUCAUGACGGACAAACCGUGCGAACACUGUUACUGCAUGCGUGGCAAGAUUGUGUGCGCAGUGCAGGAGUGCGGUACACCGCUGGAGAACGAGAACAAGAACUGCACCGCGCUGCCACCGGCCGCCGGCCAGUGCUGCCCGGACAAGUACAUCUGUGAUGGUGGUGCCCUUGAUCAGCAGACGACGACGACGACCACGACGACGACCGCUGGUCUUCCGCCAACCACGGUUGCACCCACGCAGGAUGACAGCACCGCCGACGAGGAGGAAGAGGACGAACAGCAGCAGCAGCACGUCAAGCCGGAACACGACGCCGGUGACGAGAAGCCAACGGAAUCGACCUCGGCGAGACCAACGUUCGAGGACGAAGAAGACAGGGAACAGGAACCGGAACCGGUCACCACCAAGCGCCCGGUGCAGGACGAAAGCGACCUGUCCGAACAGGAUCAGGGUGAAGAGCAGCAGCACGUUGUGCCGCAGUUCGAGGACUCUCACGCCACAGAUGAUGAGGGCGAUGAUGAUUCCGGUGAGGAGGAACAGCAGAGCACCGAGAAGCAGGAAGCUGACGCUGAAGCGGCACCAGCAGCUGACCAUCUGACCACGACGGAACGUACGCUGGCAGCACCGGAAAGCGAUGACCAACACCAGGAGCAGCAAGAACACGAUGACCGUGUUACUACGGUGGCUGCACCAUCACCAACAGCGGCGGCUCACGAUCAUGAAGAUGAUGAGGAGGGUGAGGAAGAGCGUACCCCGACAACCGUGCGCUCCGUACCGACCGAGGACGCAGCACCGACCACGACGCCCAGCACCGCCCAGGAGAGUCCGGAACGGGAUGGCAUCGUCGAAGAGCCCGCCGAAGUGCACCAGGAUGAGAUCGUGGGUAGCGCUCACGAGGAGCACGAGGAGGAGGAGCAGCAAACGACGACGAAACCGAUGGCGGGUGAGAGUCACGAUUCACUCACGACCACGGUUGCCGCACCAGCGAGCAACGACGUGCAGGAGGAAGCGACCGCAGCACCGGAGCUCGAUGCCGAGGAUGAGUUGACGGAGGCGCAGAAGGGUUCGUUUGACGAUGCAGCGGAGCAAACCGAUGAGCCACCGAAGGAUGACGUCAGCACCACCACCACCAUCAAGACGCAAGAUGACGGCGAACAGGUGACGACGGUAGCGACGGUCGCCGAUGAUCAGGAAAAUGAAAUCGACGAUCAGCAGCACCAGGAGCAGCAGCAGCACGUGAAACCGGAGCAGCAUCAACCGGAGCGCGACGAAAGCGAGGAGCAGGAGCAGGAGCAGGAGCAGGAGCAGACGACAACGAACGCACCGAUCAGCGGGCAGCCCGGAACGACGGAAAGCCGACCGAAGGAGCCAGCGAACAAGGCGGACAAGGAGCAGCUCGACUUUGUGGAGCUACCACCGGCCGUCGUGGUGACGGAACUCCCACCGGUACCGUCGUCCUCGUCGCCAGUCACGGCGGACACCACCACCACGCUGGAACCACCGGCUGACGAGAUCGUGUCGAGCGUACCGCUGGAGGUUGACUCGCAUGUGCUGGAUGACGAUGCAACGACACCCUCGUCGACAAUCAGCACCACCACCACGACGACGACGACGAUCCGUACGCCCGAGUUUGGGGAUCGCAAGGAGGACGAGGCCUCGGUGUCGCACGUCGACCUAGAUGAACCGGUUGAGAUGAACACAGUCAUCCCGCUGGAUGGUGCUGGGGCGGAGGAGGAGGAGGAGGAGCAGCACGGAGCACCACCAGGGGCUCAAGAUCCGAUCGAGCAACACGCGGACGCGGAGCAGGAGCAGGAUGAAACGCAACCAGAUCGACUGUUCCCGGAGGCGAUCCCCGGUGAGGGUGACUGUUUGAUCGAGGGUACGACGUACGGUAACGGUGAACCGGUACCACCGAGCGGCAAGUGUCAGGUGGCGUGCCGCUGCACCAACAGCAUCGUCCACUGCGAGAUGGUCCAGUGUGAGGCGGCACCGAGCGCCGACUGCACACCGAAGGCAACCCUGCCCGGUGAGUGCUGCCCAGCGGGGUACAGCUGCCCGAAGCCCACCACCACCACCACCACCACCAGCGCCAGUACGACCGUGGCGGACGAAACUGCCGAGACUGAUGAGCAGGAGGAGGAGGAGGAGAAGGAGGAAGAUUCAUCGGCCGCCAACGAUGUGACGACGGAAAGCGAUGAGACGUCCAGUGGUGGUGGUGCUGCAAGUGAUGCGGUCUCGACCAGUUCGACCGAAGCGAGCUCAGCUACCACGGCAGAGGAGGAGGAGGAGGAUAGUGAUGCGUCGGAGCACGAACACCAGCAACAGCAGCAACCGGAAAGUGAUUCCGCCGGCUGGGACGUGGACGAUGAAGUGUUGAAGCCACUGCGGCCGCCACAGAGCCCCACGUUCGAUCACGACCAGCACAUCAACUACUUCGGGGGCAACCGGCAAACGACCGCACAGUACGAUGACGACGAGAUCAUCCUCAGUACGGCCGGAUCGACCAUCGGCGCUGCGGCCAUUUCGUCGACCACACCGGAAGCGAUCCGGGAGGAGGAGAAUGAGGUGAAACCGGCGCACGGUGACGGUGAGGAAAGGGACGAGGAAAAGAGCACACCAACGACCGCCACGGAGCAGCAGGAUGAAUCGACCACGCAGAAGACCGAUGAGCAGCAACCGACGACUGCCACCGAAAAGCAGCCUCAGCUUGUUGAGACCAACGUGAAGGAGCAGGAGGAGCAAGAGGAGGAGAAGGAGGAGAAGGUGGUGGUGACUGAAGCCGACCAACAGCCACAGGACCUGACGACCCCGGUACCGCUCGGUGACGUCACAGUGAGCGCCGAUGAGGAACCGACGACGGACGACGGAGCACAAAAACCCGUACCGACCACUGGCAGUCCUGUGGUGGUGCAGGAGGAGCAGGAUGCUGCGUCGACGACAGCCGAACCGGCACGCCAAACCGAACACGUGCCAGAGGUGAAGGUCACCGGUGUUCCGGACGAAACGGUGACCACGCGUGCGACAACAGUGGCUCAGGAGGAGAAGGAGGAGGAGGUGGAGAAGGCUGAUGGAGAGCAGGAACCGACGACGGUACGCGCGACGAAGCACGAGCCCGAGGAACCGAUGGCCACACAGCGUCCGAGCGCCCCGCUAGAGGACGAGCAGACGAACCAGAUCGUACCGGAACCGGAGGUGGAGCAGGAUCAACCGAGUGUAACAACAACAACAGCAACGGUUGCCCAGGCACAGGAUGAGCUCACCGAGAGCAGCACGGAGUCGGAAACGGCGGCAACGGUGCACGAAGCAGUGCACGAUACGAAGAAGAAGGUGCCGGUCACCACGGUCGCCCCGAUGACGACGGUGGUAGACCAAGAGCAGGAGCAGGAGCAGGAGCAGGAGCAGGACCAAGAGCAGCAACAGUUCGAUCACGGUGAACCGCACAUCACGACGGUGGCACCAUCGGAGCAGAAAACCGAACAGCCAACACCCGUCACCACCGAGCAGCAGGUAGAUCGCGACGAGAGCACCACACCGGAGCCGGUCAGCCAGCAGAACGAACCGGCAGCAACGACCGCAGCGAGCGAUGACGACCAGGACGAUGCCGACGCCGACGAAGGGCUGGAGGCGGAGAAGGAACAGGAAAAGACCACGGUUCCGGUGACGGUGGAAGUGAGCACAAGCACGCCAACGACGACGACGACGACCGCACCGGCCGACG